AUGCGCGGUGAGGCCGGGCAGCCGUGAUGGCGGCCGUGGCGGAGUUGGGGGGUGCGGGCCCAUGAGGCGGCCCAGGCCUCGGGCACUCAGCGCAGCGAGGAAGGGGCGGCGACGCCUCGGUUCACACCCGCGCCAUGGCGGGCGUGUUCGACAUCGAUCUGGACCAGCCCGAGGACGCGGGUUCGGAUGAGGAGCUGGAGGAGGGGGGUCAGUUAAGUGAGAGCAUGGACCAUGGAGGAGUUGGCCAAUAUGACCUUGGCAUGGAACAUUGUGAAAAAUUUGAGAUUUCAGAAACUAGUGUAAACAGAGGUCCAGAAAAGAUCCGACCGGAGUGCUUUGAGUUACUGCGCGUACUGGGCAAAGGUGGCUAUGGAAAGGUAUUUCAAGUACGAAAAGUAACUGGAGCAAAUACCGGGAAAAUUUUUGCCAUGAAAGUUCUUAAAAAGGCAAUGAUUGUAAGGAAUGCAAAAGAUACAGCUCAUACAAAAGCAGAGCGGAAUAUACUAGAGGAAGUGAAACAUCCCUUCAUUGUAGACUUAAUUUACGCCUUUCAGACUGGUGGAAAACUCUACCUCAUCCUUGAGUAUCUCAGCGGAGGAGAACUAUUUAUGCAGUUAGAGAGAGAAGGGAUAUUUAUGGAAGACACGGCUUGCUUUUACCUAGCAGAAAUCUCAAUGGCACUGGGGCACUUGCAUCAAAAAGGAAUCAUUUAUCGUGAUCUGAAGCCGGAAAAUAUCAUGCUUAAUCAUCAAGGUCAUGUAAAAUUGACAGACUUCGGAUUAUGUAAAGAAUCUAUUCAUGAUGGAACAGUCACACACACGUUCUGUGGAACAAUUGAAUACAUGGCCCCUGAAAUCUUGAUGAGGAGUGGGCAUAAUCGUGCUGUGGACUGGUGGAGUUUGGGGGCAUUAAUGUAUGACAUGCUGACUGGAGCACCUCCUUUCACCGGGGAGAACAGAAAGAAAACAAUUGACAAGAUUCUCAAGUGUAAACUCAACUUGCCUCCCUACCUCACACAAGAAGCCAGAGAUCUGCUUAAAAAGCUGCUAAAAAGAAAUGCUGCCUCACGUCUAGGAGCUGGUCCUGGAGAUGCUGGAGAAGUUCAGGCUCACCCGUUCUUCAGACACAUUAACUGGGAUGAGCUGUUGGCACGAAAGGUGGAACCUCCUUUUAAGCCCUUAUUGCAAUCUGAAGAGGAUGUGAGCCAGUUUGAUUCAAAGUUUACACGUCAGACACCUGUUGAUAGCCCAGAUGACUCUACUCUCAGUGAAAGUGCCAACCAGGUCUUUCUGGGUUUUACGUAUGUGGCUCCAUCUGUACUUGAAAGUGUAAAAGAGAAAUUUUCUUUUGAACCAAAAAUUCGAUCACCUCGCAGAUUCAUAGGUAGCCCUAGGACACCAGUCAGCCCUGUAAAGUUUUCCCCUGGGGAAUUCUGGGGAAGAGGUGCUUCUGCCAGCGCAUCAAAUACUCAGACACCUGUGGAAUAUCCAAUGGAGACGAGUGGAAUAGAACAAAUGGAUGUGACAGUUUGUGGAGAGGCUUCGGCACCGCUUCCAAUCCGGCAACCAAACUCUGGGCCAUACAAAAAACAAGCUUUCCCCAUGAUUUCCAAACGACCAGAGCACUUGCGCAUGAAUCUAUGACAACACAAUUUUUUUAAGCCUUUGAAGGUGGAAAACAAAGAAUGGACAUAAGCCCCUUGAAGUUGAAAUACGAGGGCUUGUAUGGUUUACUUUUAAAAAGUGACAGUAUCAAAGAGUCAGUCCUUGCACAGAGCGACUUGGAAAGCAAAGAAAAAUGGAUUUUUUUUUUUCUGUCAAUCAAUGGUGCAUAAAAAACUUUAGAAAAUGGUAUUGCAGAACUCUAGGCACAUCAUCUAACUGAUUUGCAGUGACAUCUUCUCACCUUAUCAAGGAUUUUUCAGCUUGGUAGCUUGAAACUGACAGUAUUAAGGGGCAGGAUGUUGCUUCAGAAUCACUGGUCUAGUUGUGAAUGUGUCAAGGAGGGUUAGCCCUUUCACUAGGCAAAGUAUGAAAUGCCUAUAUGCUUGCGACCGAGGAAUAAUUAGCAUGCAAGCUUGGUUAAGCUGUUUCCUGCAAUGGGGUGGAAUCAAAGAUGAGAGAUAAAAUUAAUUGGUAUUUCACAUUCAAAACCGAAUGAGUUUUUUUUAUAUAUAUAUAUAAAAAUAUAUAUUUUUCGAAUAGAUUUUUUUGAUUCAGCUCAUUAUGGAAAGUAUCCCAAAAUUUAGAAUACAAAAUAAUUGGUUGCUGUGAAGAAAGUAAAGGCUCUAGUUCUGAUUCUCCUCAUGAAACAAAAAAUCAGUAAGUGAGUUACUCGAUUACCAGCUUGGCAACGCGGGGUGGGAAAGAACUGUUUCACUUGCUUACCCAUCUGAAAUACCUGUUCCUGCAAAGACGAAUGGAUCUAAUCAAAUCACAGUGCUGCUAUGUUCUAGGCUUAACUGGAAGCCAUGGGCUCAAAUACACGUCCUGCUUAUUUCAUCCUUGUCCUCAGCAGACAUUUCACUGGGAAACAUCACUUUUGUAUAUGCCAGUCACUUAGCUGGAGAUGGCUGAAUGCAUUCAGAUUCUUACCCAUAUAAAAGGUUGGAAAAAAGUGCAUCUGAACACAAGGUCAGGAGGUGUGGCUGUACUUCCACAGGAAAUGUAUGCAAGUGCUACGUCAUGUAAGCAAGCAAACCUUUUUGUAACCAAUGGGUAAGAACUUCAGGAAAUUUUUUUAAAAUAAAUUUUUGCUUAUGGGACGGACUUCCCUGCCAUUACAUAUUUCUAAAUUUUUUUUUUCCUAUGCUGGGGCAAUAAAUUUGCUGGUUGUAUGAGGCUGAGGAAAACGUAAAAUGGCCUUUCAGCGAAUGUCUUCCACAGUGGGUCAGAACUUCAGCAACUUAAUUUAGCAAACAUGUUCUAAGGACACUAUUUAUGUUUUUAAAAUUGUCACAAUCUGUACAAAUGGCUUACAGGUACAAAGAAUAAAAUAAAGGUAACUUUACCUUACUUAAUACUUCCUGCCUUAAAGAAAGCAUUUCCAUGAGCAUAGCUGGUGAAAGGGUUAAUAUCUGCAGAGCUUUACACUAGUUAGAGUGUGUAUGGUGUGUGCGUGUGUGUGUGUAUAUGAUCAUGCAACUGCAUACAAGUCCUGUCAUUUUUUGCCUGCCACACGUUGCAUUAUCUUUAGUCAAACUGUGCAAAGUCUACUUCUAGUGUUUCACAACAGUAGGGAUUUUUUAUAGAUUCUGCUUACUCUGUGUGUAUACUGAAUCUUUUUGAGCCAUAGGAUCCAAGCCAUAAGACUCUCUACACGUUGAAUCCGAUCAGAGUUUGCAAGCCAGAAGGAUUCAGUGAUAUCUUGUUGAUACUAAUAAAGAGCCAACAAAAGAAGAUACAGAUGAUUGAGCAAAAAUUAGUAUUUUGUUUUCUUCCUGAUAAGCCUUUUGUUGGAGAGUUUCUUUUUUAGUUUUAUCAGGAAAAUCAAGUUACCUUCCAUUGACAUAAAUUGUACUGGAAGAUCGAUGUCUUUCAUUGGGUAAUAUGGCUGCUGGUGACACGUUGUGAAACUGAAAUCAGAGUGCUUAGUGUGUAUUAUGCAUAUUUGCAAAGAGGCAACACUUCAAGCGAUGCCUGCUCUGUGUCACUUGUUAACAUAGGUUUCCUGCCAUGUUUACUGAGUAUAAAUGAACUUAGUUUAAUUUAAUUUUAUUUUUUGAGGCAGAUCUCUUGGUCCUAAUUACAGCUAACAGUUCCUUUUUGGUUGGCUGGAUAGACUUGUCCAGUAGAGUUGGUUUGGUAUGGCUGGCAAGAAUGGCAAGAGUUGUUUGUCUGAGUUCACUGCUUAAUUACAGAUACAGUUUAUCAUUUUUAAAAGGAAAUUUCAUAUCCUGCCCAUCUUUCAUCCCAUAGAUUGUAAGUUUUAGUUCCCUACCAUAACUGUGAAACUUCUGGAGUGUGACUCAGACAGCAAGCACACACUAUGCAAUAUGGUUUAUCCUGUAUUUAUUUGUAAAAAUAUCAGACAUAGAUCCUCUAUAUAUAUAUAGUAGUGUCAAAAUGACUAGUCACGACCUGAGGGCAGUGGAGUUUGAGCUCCUGUCUGGCUAUUUCAGAUAAGUGCAGAAUGCAUUGAAUAUUGGAGAGCUUAACAAGUGCUUUCUUUUGUUCAUUUAAAAAUGUCUUAAAUUUUUCAUUAGAGUAUAGAAUCUUAUUUUUUUUAUUUUGUACAAGCUGCGCUUUUUUAAUUAUAAUCACUGAAAAAUUCACUAUAAUUUGAUUUUAUAGAAUUUUUGUAGCAUUACAAAAAUAUAGUAAAACUGAGGUUAAUACCUGUUUUGGCUAACCAUAUGAAAGUAUUAAAUCUUGAACAAAAGUCAUAUUUUUUUUUACUAGAUGUUAAAUAGGGCAAUAUUUUGUUCUGCGAGUCGUUACCACAAAAGGUUUCUAUUAGGUCAGCUGCAUUACCAGCAGUUUUUCUUUUCCCAUUUAAUGCAGAAAUUAUUCUGGUAUGAGAUAUUCAGAAUUUCAUCAUUUUUCUCUGUGGGAGUGAUGCAUACAUUUGAUGCCAUUUGUGUACUAAAUUGUAAUUUUGGGAAUGCUGGAAUAAUUCCUACCAAGACUGUCUUAAUUGUGCCAUCUGACAUCUGAAUGUCAUCCUGGUAUUAGCUCAUAAUAAAAGAUACAAAUAAAUGAGUCAGUGGUUCUUUGGAAUAUCCCUUUUUUAAAAUGUAUUUAUGUCUAGCUAUCCAAAAGCUGAACUGCUAGAGAAUACUUGUGUCCACCCCUACAGUGGAUGCUUACUUUGGGGGUUAACGUUAAAAAGAGAAUCAGACCAAACUGCUGUCAGUGUUAAUUGAGUCCAUUGCCUAUUUUGCAGAGUAAUCCCUAGCCUUUGUUAUAGAUGGGCAUAGGAGGAAGAGAAGUUCUUAAAAACACAGCACGUGACUUCAGUGUUCUUCCUGCAGAUCCUCAGUGAUUUACUGUAUUUGGUUUCUAUACAUGAAUUAGAUUGUUCUCUUCUAGAUUAACUUGGCUUUGUAGCCCCGUUCAAGAAACAAACUUGAGCUUGAGGAGAAAAAAAGGUAAUCCCUGUUCUGUUCUCAUCUUUCCCAGUUAGCUGGAACUAAACGUGCUGCAGAAUAAGAUGGACAGCAAUUACUGAAAAUUUAAACAUAUGUUAAUCCAAGUGGCUUUUUUUCGGGAAGUAGGGCUUAAAUAUAACUGUGGGUCUACACAUCUUCAAAGGAAAAGGGAGGGAGGGGGAAUUACAUUGAGAACUUAAGGACCCAAAGAUGCUGAUCAGUCUGUCCUACAGGUGCAGGUACCUUCACUAAGCUCUGGCUCAAGGAAGAGCUGCAUCUCAAUGGCAUGAUGCUCACUGGUGGAUCUGAGAGGACGUCCUUCAUGGCUGUAAGUUACUUCUUUCUUCUCUAACUAAGAUGAGAAUGACUUGUUUCAAUUGUGAAAUUUAUAUCUAACCUCUCCGAUCCAAAUCUCUUAAGCUCUUGUUUGGUUUUGUUUUUUAAUAAACUAUGCUUGAUAAUAUUGUUGGAUUUGGAUAAUUGUCAUUGGAUCUUGAAGAAAAUUCAUUAACUUCAAGAUAAUAAGAUAAAUUGUUCUCUGAUCCUAAAUGCAACCAACUUAAAACAGGGAGUAAACUCUCGGCAUUAGCAUUUCAGGAAAAAACCUAAUCCAGGAUAACUCACAUUUCUUAUUUCUGUAGAAUACUGGGUAAGUUGGUUAUUAUCUCUGCCUUCUCCUAAGCUGUGCACUGGGCUCACACACACACAGCUUUUUUUUAAAGGUGCUAUUGACAGAAUGAAAUAUGGCAUUCAAACUGCUUACUAAGUACUCUCACAAUACCUGCUUAAAAAAAUCUAAAGGCAUAGAGCACCUUUUAGAUAAAGCACCACGUUCAGACUGGUUGGGGAACCCCAAAUACGAUUGUGUGAGUGUCUGGAGAGCCACAUGAGCUGCCAGUGUAUAGGAGUGUAUCACAGCUUCAGAACCCAACCUAAAGUCCUCCCUGCUCAUUUUUGUUCCAUGACAGAUUCAGUUCUUGUCUAUCGCAAUGAAUCUCAUUUCUUUUAUUCAACGUGCACCAAACAAAUAGAUUUCAAUGCGUUUAUUCCCUCUGAUUCUUAUGCGUACUACAAAUGGCAUAUAUAGUAUAAAAUAUUCUCCCCUGUAAGAAAAUCUGCUUCCUGCUGUGACAAAAAUAGAGUAUUAAAGAUCUGUUUUAAAAAUACCGAUCUCAGAAAAAGCUCAGUAAAAAACUAACAUCAGCGGUUGCUUUUCCGUUUUAAAGCUGUGAUCAAUUGGAAAUCUGCACAAACCUAAAGGAGAAACAUCUUGUUUUUAUCUCCAGGUGCAGUGAGAGCUGCUAGUAUUGAUGCAGGGAGUUGCUGUAGCAUUAAGAGAUCAUUAAUGCCAGGUGUGACAGGUGGCUUCAGCUCCCACUGUAGUCCAGAGUAUGAAAUUCACUGCUAACCCUGGGUUUUGGGUAAUGUUAGA